AUGCUCCAGGACCUUGCUUGUCCGCCGUCCACGAUCGACGAAUCCGACACGGAACCAACCCCAGCACCCCGCCGCCACCGCCGCCGCAGUUCCGCCUUCUCGGCGUAUAGUUUUGACGAAGUGACUCGCGACUUGCAGGAAAUCACAGAUCCCGCAAAGGCGGCGAAUGUGCGAUUCCGGCGGCCGACUUGGAAGUCUUGGUUCCCUAUCAUACUCGCUGCCGUGCCCCCGAUUGGCGGUCUUGUCUUCAAGAACGGAGCUACCUUCUUUAGCGAUGUGAUUAUGUUAAUCCUUGCUGCCAUCCUCCUCAAGUGGUCUGUUACAGCACCGUGGGAAUGGUACCAUUCCGCCCAGGAGGUCCGAGUGCUGAACGAAGGAGCCGACCUCGACAGCCAACGAAAUUCAAAGCCAAGCAGCGGCCUGGGCUCAUCUAGGGCGACAAGCCCGUCCCGCGCGGGCAGGCAGGGCAUGGAGGCGCGGGAGGUGGUCGAUGUCGCCCGCGCCAAGCUACGAUCCCACGAGAGAUGGGCGUUGCUGUCAUGCUUUCUAGCCCCCGCCGCAACGACAUACCUCCUCUGGUAUGUCCGGAAGACCUUGGGCAGCCCUGCUGGGAGUAUCCUCUCCUCCUUCAAUCUCGGCGCCUUCCUGAUCGCCGCCGAAAUCCCCACGGUACUCCACAUGCUGAAGCUCGCGAUGGAUGCCACACUGCACCUGCAGCGGAUAGUGCAUGCCAACCCUUACCACAUUCCAGCUGUCACAUCGGAUCAGUUGGAGGAUGCGAUCAGCCGGAUCGAGGAACUGGAGGCGCGGUUGCUGUCCGAAUCUAACGACCCGAUGAAGGAGCAGCAGAAGACGCAGCAGACCCGCGCCGCGUUGGCCCGGGACAUCAGGGCGGCCAUCCAGCCCCAGAUUGACGCGCUCAACCGUGCGGUCAGGCGCUACGAGAAGAAAACCAGCAUGCAGGAGCUCGAGAUGGAGGAGCGGCUAUGGGAGCUGGAGAACCGCGUGGACGACGCGGUUGCCUUCACGGCGGUCGUUGCGAAGGCUGCCAAUGCGAACCUGUGGAACUUCCUUGAGAGAGGCGUUGCCGCGAUGUGGCAUAUUGCUACCCUUCCGUUAUCGGUGACUUUGCAGAUGUUAGGGGUCGUAGCUCUAUCAGCUUCUCGCACUUUUACUCGGAGCGGUAGCAGGAAGGUGGUUGGGGUAACUGGCUUGGAAGAAUAUAACGGGCAACGAAGGAUUAUGUCGGGUCCUUCAUCAACUUUAUCAAUCGGACGGUGA